AUGAGUAAACCUACCGUUUCGGAGGAACACCAUGCAGAUGUGAUUCGUCAGCACUUAACUGGAAUCGAGAACGCGUAUUACUACAACCCUGGUAAUGAGAUGGCGGCGGUACAUCCUGCGGAGGGGACUGUGUCCCCGCGGCAGUCACAGGAUAUUCAGCCAGUUUGCAUUGUCGCUGGUAAUGGAAACCGCCCACUAGCUGAGGCAGUGGCGCUGCUUCUGGGGAUCCCCACACACCAGACUUUAGUGGCCCAACGUGCAAGCGGUGAGGUGAAUGUCCGUAUAUGCGAGAGUGUCCUUGGCGCCGAUGUGUACAUCAUCCAGAGUACUUCGGGAAAUGGGCUCAUCGACGUUAACACAGCGAUUAUGGAGCUUCUGCUGCUCGUUCGGAAGAUGCGCCUCAGCAAUGCGAGACGUGUCACUGCAAUAAUCCCCUUCUUUUCGUACUCGAAACAGGAUCGCAAAAGAAACAUCCGCAGCACAAUUUCGGCGGCGGCCGUUGCCAACAUGCUGACAACCGUUGGGGUGGACCGCGUCACAACACUCGACCUCCAUGCAGGGCAAACACAGGGGUUCUUCGGCAACACACCAUUGGACAACCUGCAGAUGUACCAAGAAUUUGCUCAAUAUCUUCAUAGCCAGGUAUGGUUUAACAGCAACAAUAUGACGAUUGUAGCACUGAGCGCUGGUAGCGUAGAGCGCGCACGACUUCUAGCCGAUACACUCAACAUCGAUCAAAUUGCCACCGUCCUCCUACGGCGCAAUGCGAGUGGCACCGUGACUUUGCAGUGCGUGGGAGAGGUGAAAGGCCGCAUUUGUGUUGUCGUCGAGGGUAUCUGUGACACGGGUGAGGUCCUUGUGAAAACUUCUGAGUUGCUGAACCAACUUGGUGCUACAAAGGUAACGGCUUGUUGCACCCACGGCAUUCUCACACCGCCAUGCCCUCAGCUGCUAAACGAAUGUGAUGCUCUAAGCGAAGUUGUUGUGUCUGACUCAAUACCACAGGAGGAGCAUCAGCGACUUGUCCCCAAAUUGAAGGUACUCACUAUUGCCCCGCUAAUCGCUACUGUCGUGUUCAAACAUACCCAAGAUGCCAGUUUUGUUCCUUUGUUCGAACAACCCAAGCUUAGGGAGGGAAAGGGAUCCGUCGACUCUCCAUAA